AAUUACCCUAUUGUUAUCUAGUGCUUUUCUCUAUGUGAAUUCCGAAGGGAUCCGAGUAAUAUAUUGAUUGUAUGUUGUGCGUUAUUUCGAUCAAUUAACAACUAGGCUUCCGAUUUAACUAUCAUCUUUUGGGGUCCGAUGGGCGCAUCGAAUUUUGAAAAUCCGCCUGAAUUGUUCAUAUAUAAAUGCGAUUUUUUAGUUCUUAUGUUUUGUUUAUCUUCGGCACAGAACAAAUCUUCGGUUCUCAAUCUAGAAAAUUUAUUAGAGUUAUCAAUAAAAAAAUAAGAGAAGAAGAGCUUAACCUAACUUAUUGGUUUUUAAUUUUAAUAUCAACAAAUAGAGCAAAUAUGUUAAAUUUAAAUUGAUAUAUAUUAGCAUAUAAAAGUAUUAAUUAUGGCUAGUAACCAUCAAGCUCUCCCUGUUUCUACCAUCUUGAAAUCCAAAACCGAAAUAGAAGAUGAACCCAAGAAAAAAUCUAGGGAAGACUGGCGUAAGGCGAAAGAAUUGGAAGAGGCUCGUAAAGCUGGUACAGCGCCUGCAGCAGUCGAUGAAGAAGGUAAAGACAUCAACCCUCAUAUUCCCCAGUACAUUUCAACGGCUCCUUGGUACUAUGGAACCGCUGGGCCCACUUUAAAACAUCAGAGACCCCAAGAGGACAAACAGAGGGAAUUUUCCGGGUUAGAUGAUUGGUAUAAGAGAGGAGUAGAUACAUCAAAAAUAGUUACAAAAUAUAGAAAAGGUGCUUGUGAAAAUUGUGGAGCAAUGACUCAUAUAAAGAAGGAUUGUAUGGAUAGACCUAGAAAAGUAGGUGCGAAAUUUUCAGGAGCAAAUAUAGCACCGGAUGAGUUUACUCAAAAAAAUUUGGCAUUGAGUUUUGAUGGUAAAAGAGAUAGAUGGAGUGGAUAUGAUCCUUCAGAGCAUAAAGCUGUAAUAGAAGAGUUUCAAAUAGUAGAAGAAGCGAAACGACAAUUAAAGGCAGACAAAUUAAAUGCAAAUGAAUCAUCCGAAGAUGAAGAAAAGGACGAAGAUAAAUAUGUAGACGAAGUUGACAUGCCUGGUACAAAAGUAGACAGUAAACAAAGAAUUACUGUCAGAAAUUUAAGAAUAAGAGAAGACACUGCGAAAUAUUUAAGAAAUUUAGACCCUGCUUCAGCUUAUUAUGAUCCAAAAACAAGAUCAAUGAGAGAGAAUCCGAAUCCUGAAAGAGAUGAAACAUAUCAUGGUGAAAACUUUGUGCGUUUCUCUGGUGACACAACGAAUCACGCAAGAGCUCAACUAUUUGCUUGGGAAGCUCACGAAAAAGGUGUAGAUGUUCAUCUACUUGCAGAGCCCACUAAAUUGGAGUUACUGCAAAAAGAAUACGAAAAGAAAAAAGAUGAAGUUAAAUCUAAUAUUCAGAGUACGGUUUUGGAGAAAUAUGGGGGCCAGGAGCAUUUGGAAGCUCCACCUAAAAGUUUAUUGUUAGCUCAGACUGAACAGUAUGUGGAAUAUUCAAGGGCUGGAAGAGUCAUUAAAGGAGCCGAAAAAGAAGUUAUUCUAUCUAAAUAUGAAGAAGAUGUUUAUAUAAAUAACCACACUUCAGUUUGGGGUUCGCAUUGGAGAGGAGGACAGUGGGGAUAUCGGUGUUGCCAUUCUUUCAUUAAAAAUUCGUACUGUUUGGGAGAAGCAGGAAAAUCCGUUAAUGUACAACCCAUAGUGGAAUCGAUUUCCAAUGAAGAGGAAAUUGGAAAACCUGUUGGAGAUGUGCAAGAAAAGGAAAAGAGCAAAGAAAAGGACGAGGAAAGUGAAGAAAGCGAUUCGAGCAGUUCGUCAGAAGAUAAUUCAAAAGUGAAAGCGCAGAAAAAAUUAAAGAAAAAAUUGAAGAAACAGAAAAAGAAGGAAAGGAAGCAAAAGAGAAAGGUAAAAAUAGAAGAAAAGGAUGAAGAAAGUGAAGAAAGCGAUUCAAGCAGUUCGUCAGAUGACGACAAUUCAAAAGCGAAAGCCCAGAAAAAACUAAAGAAAAAACUGAAGAAACAGAAAAAUAAAGAAAGAAAGCAGAAAAGAAAGGAAAAUGAAAAGGAAAAGAAAAAAUCUUCCGUGUUACUGGACGAUCCAGAAAUUAUUCUGGAUGAUAGGAAAAGACCUUAUAACAGUAUGUUUGAGGCUAAGAAACCCACAGAAGAUGAUAUGGAGGAAUAUUUUAAAAAGAGAAGAAGAGAUGAAGAUCCCAUGAACCAGUUUUUGUAAAUGAUUGUUAAUGUUUAUAUAUACUUUAAAUGUAAGGAAUAAAUUAUAUUUAUUAAUAAAGUGUGUCUACUCAUCCUCAAUGUUACUAUUAAAUACACAUAAUCUGCGCAUCUUAAUGAGAUUUUUCACCGAUUGAUAUUAAAUCACAUUUUUAGUGAA